GUGUGCGCCCGAAAACAUCUGCGACUGUGCGCGCCGAUUAGCAUAAUUCACGGGGACCUCGAAAACCAAUUUCCGAAAACACUUCUCAAGAGUUGGAUCCAACUCUUGCGCUCAUGUAACGGACGGGACGAAAUCCUGGGACAAAGUAUUUUUCUGGGACAUUAAACCUCUCAUUUUGAGUUUUUUUCUCCCACGCUUCGAAGAACAGGUGUAUGUUUAUGGGUUUGUCGCAAAUAAGAAUAAGAUAAAUAAUAUCUACUUUCGAAAGAUAUUUAUAUGUGGCCAUUGAAAUAGGUAUCUCAACUGAGUAACAAUGGCCCUUCAGCAACGCGAAAUUUGCAAAGUUGGGGAAUCCCCAUCAGCCAGAAGACGUUCUCUGAGUCCUCGCCGAGGAUCUGGCCCGAAUGAUGAAAAUAAUGAACCGAUUGUCGAACAUUCCCCAGAUGGUACAAAAUCCACGAAAUUGACCUCUUCACCAUCCUCAUCUGGCUGCUCUACACCAGAAGCUCGAUCGCCUUCGAAGAGUGAACGGCGAGUAUCCACACGCCUCCUGAUGCAAAAAGGCGAGGGAAAGGUUGACUCUCCAACCAAAAACAAAUCUCCAAAGCAUGCAGCUUGGAAGAGCUCCAAAUUCUUUAGUAAAAGCAUGGCUUCUGGAGAGCUUCUGAAAGGAUUCAAGAAAUUGUCCACUGCAACUCCAACGACAAGCAUUGUCGUCUCAGAAGAAGAUGGGACUACGGUGGUGCCAACAACUGAGAACAAAGAAACCGAUUCAAAAACAUUCAAGAGCAGAUUCAGCUCUUUGAGACGUAAAAGUGGAAGCGAUUCAGAUAGUGUCCCUAAUGUUGACAGCGAAUCAUUAAAGCAUGGCAGUGCUGAAGUCCGAGGUAUUAUCUGCAAGAAAGAGGAUCUCAUGAAUCUUAUGACAAAAGUCCCAGGAGCAAAGGAGAGACGAGUAUCCUCACCUGCUGAACUUAUUGUACCCGUGUCCUCGAGUCUUCCAACGUCUCCGAUACCUGUCCUCAAGUCACCAUCGCUCAAAGUAGCCCCCAACUCACCGCUAACCAGAGGGUCCUUCAGAUCGUCCCGGUCCGCUUCUCUAGAUCCGACCAGUUUGCCAAAUGUAGAGCGUAUUGCUGCUAGAGUUCCCAACAAGCCUGCGAUCAGGACCACGGUCUACCAACCUCCCCAGCCGAGUCGACAAGGCAGUAAAAAGACGACGGAUGACAUCUGCAUCAAGAAAACGGGUGCCUUCCUUGAAGUAGUACCAGAGGUCAAAAGAAGGUUGUCUGGACCUCUAAUUGAGGUGAAGGACAAAAUUGUGGAAGAGAACGAGGAUGGAGAAGAAGCAUCAGAAACACCUGUCCCAUGGGACGAUAGUAAUUUCGUGGAUCCAAAUUUAUUGGGAGGAGCCAUCGAAGCUUUCCUUAAAGGGAUGGGAUCAUCACCCACUCCAACUCCCACAACCGAAAAGAGGGUUUCUUUUAAGAAAAAUCUUGUCAAAUGAAUUACUUUACAAUCUACUUUGUUUUCAGGAAUUAUAUUUUAAUUGAUAUUGAUAAUAUACCACUUGGAUGUUUUAUAGGAUCACAGUUAUAAGAAUUUUUGUUUUCAUUUAAAUAACUUAAUGGACGUAAAGCCACGAAAACUUUCUAUUAGUGGCGAUAAUUAUUAUAUAUCAAAAUUUAAUAAUUUUUUAAGGGCAAUAAAGAAAAUUUCAUUUUCUUAAAUGUUUGAAUUUAUAAGUGCAUGAUUUGUUGACAUAAAGUUUGUUUCAAGAUUGAUACUGGAGAAAGAAUAUAAAUAUAAUUAGUAGAGCAAGAGAAAGCGGAAAAAUACAUUUUUUUUAGGUAAUGCACAACAAUACAUUAUAUACAUAAUAUGCAGAUGCAAUACUGUAUAAAAAUUAAACAGUAUUGCAUAAUUUUCAGAAUGUUCUGGGAAUAAGAAUUCUCUUUCUGAAUACACUUCAUAAAUAAACAUAAUUUAUAAGUUGUUAUCGAUAUUAAAUUUAAAAUGUCCAAUUUCAAAUCCUAUAGAUUUUACUUGAAAGGAAGAGAAUGUCAACAGUGAUAUAGAAUCAAAACAUCUGCAUUCCCAUUUUAGGUUAUUUACUUCCUUUCUUCAAUUUCUUUCUUUCAAAAAUCAAACUGAAUAUAUUCUGUUUCUGCAAGAGUAAAUAAUUGUUGUUUCCUUGGAAUCAGUGGAUCAGUUGUUUAAUCAAAGAUCACCAAGGUAAAGAGCGAUAUACGAAUUUUUAACGUUAAUUUUGAACAGAUAACCAUGUCAAAAUAACUCUAAAGAAUGAUGGACUAAUACUUCUCCCUUCAAGUACUGUCUUCUAUAAAAUUAUAA